AGCUUUGCAUAGCAAUACAUAGCUUUGCGUAACCAGUGCAGGCAGGCUUUUAAAGGCGCCGCCGACGCCAGAGACCUUGUAGUUCGCCGCGAGUGGACCAACCGUUUGCGAUGAGAUCCUUGAUGCAGGCGCCGUUCCUGAUCGCCCUCGGCUUGCUUCUCGCCGGCCCUGCGGCUCCUGUAAGCAUCCUCCCAGACCGGCUCGGUAGCUUUUCCUGGGAUAACUGUGACGAGGGGAAGGACCCUGCCGUGAUCAAAAGCCUGACUGUGGAACCUGACCCCAUUGCCAUUCCUGGGAACGUGACUAUCAGUGCUGAGGUGAAGACCACUGUCGCCCUUAAUCCUCCUCAGAAGGUGGAAAUAACUCUGGAGAAGGAAGUGGCUGGCGUGUGGAUCAAAAUUCCAUGUGUGGAACAAAUUGGUAGCUGUACCUUUGACAAUGCCUGUGAUAUACUUGACACUUUGAUUCCCCCUGGGCAGCCCUGCCCAGAGCCCCUGCACACCUACGGGCUUCCCUGCCACUGUCCCUUCAAAGAAGGCACCUACUCACUGCCCAAGAGUACCUUCCCCCUGCCCCACCUGGAGCUGCCCAGCUGGCUCAGCAGGGGGAACUACCGCCUCCAGAGCAUCCUGAGCACCGGCGGGGCUCGUCUGGGCUGUAUCAAGAUCUCCGCCUCUGUGAAGGGUGAAUAAUGUGGCACCAGCCACAGCAGAAUGAAGGAAUAUGAGGAAGUUGUCACUCUUCCCCUGUCUUGCAUUUGCCAAGGCCAAAUUCUGACUCUCUAUCCCCCUUUCUACAAUGAUGCCAUUCCCCUCACUGAAAGCCUUGUCCCACCUACAUUGUAGGUGUGGGCAGGCAGCCCUAACCUCACGGAGGAUGAGCUUGGUGGUUCUUGAUAGCCCAGGACGUCUCCUGGGCUGGCCAUGGCAUUUCCUCCUCCUUCCUAGGGCUCUCUCCCUAAGAGCUUAACUCAUUUUCUAAACAGUCAAGGAAUGGGACCAGCACGUUUUGUGACCCCAAGUUCAGACUGACCCAAUUUUGGCCUCUUGAAGUACCUUUAUGGUUUUCUCAUUAAAAUUUUGUCACU